AUGAGGUAUUUAGAAAAAGAUGAAUCUGAUAAUAGAAGAGCAGAUUUUAUGGCUACAGAUUAUUCAUUUAUAAGAAAAGAAUAUAAGACCAAUUAUAAAAAAGUAUCAUGGCCUAUUAAUGUUGAAAUUUAUGAUGUUGAUGAUAAAAGUUUAAAAAAAGAUUUAUGUUUAAUUGUAACAAAUUUACCAGUUGACUGGAAAAAAUGUGAUAUUAUCUGGUUUUUUAGAGAAUAUUUUUACAAUUUAGCUAUUAAUGAAAAUGUUUUUUUCCCCCUAAUUGAACAGGUUUACUUAAUUAAAAAUGAAUCUUCAGCAAUUUUAGCAUGUCAUGAUGGAAUAUCGAAAGAAGUAAUUCAAAGUUUAUCAAAAUGUAUUAUAAAGAAUGUUAAAGAUAAAAAAAAAAUUGUUUUCACUAUUUAUCCAUAUUACAAAAGAUACGAUGUAGAUGAAAAAGAAAAAGAAGAAAAAGAAGAAGAAAAAGAAAAAGAUAAAGAAAAAGAAGAAGAAGAAAAAGGAAAAGGAAAGAAGGAAAAGGAAGUUUAUAGUGAAGACGAAAAAUAUAAUUUAAAGAGACUAAGAAAACGUUCUUUAACAUAUCCUAGAAAAAAUGGACUAGAGUGGCCGAAUAAUAUUGAUUUAAGAAAUUGUAAUGAUUUAGAAUUAAGGAAAAAGUUAUGUGUUUUUGGUAGAUAUAAACCAUUACAUUGGGGUGUAAGAGAAUUAUCUGAAUUUUUAAAAUAUUAUUUUGAGUCAUUAAAAAAAGACAUUGUUAAUUUUGAAAUUCCACAAAUAUGUGAUAUGUGGGCCGAUAAAGGAACGCAUUUAGUUACAUUUGCAUGUAAAAAUGAGAAAUCUAGAUUUAGUAUGUUGCUAAUAAGAGCCUGCUAUCUAAAUGAAGAAGAUGCAAAAAAUAAUUUAAAAAAUUCCUUAAGAGGAUGGUUAGAAUUUGAAAAGUGGACUCCUUUUAAAAAUACAAUAAAUUCAAGAUAUAAAAGCCAUAAAAUUGGAAGAAAUGAGUAUAAUAAAUAUUCAUCUAUUCAUGAUCACGUAAUUGAUAAAAAUUAUAGGAGAAGAAAUUAUAGAAAACCAUUAUAUGAAGAAUUAGCAAGAAAUAAAAAAAACUCUUUUAGAACAAAUAUGAAUUUAUCUAAAUUAAGUAAUGGAUCAAAUUAUUAUUUUCAUAAAGAAGAUCGAAAUAGAAAAAACUAUGAUAAUCUAAGAAAUUCUUAUAAGAAAAUAUCACCUUCUCCAUUUUUUAAAAAACAUAAAAAAAGAUAUUCUCGUUCUUCCUCAAAAAAUUAUUAUAAAAAGAAAUAUAGAAAAUCAAAAUCUGUUGAUUCAUAUAAGAAUAAUGAUUAUGCUUGGAGUAAAAACAGAUCUUACAAUAAAAAUUUUUCAGAUUCUUCUAGAAAAUCGUAUAGAAAAUAA